GACUGGGACCAGGACCACGGGAAGAAGACUUUUCAAUGGAUACCAAACUACUUUUCAGGACUUUCCGUACACUGGUACUAUCGCUGCAGUCUCAAUAAUCACUCCGGAUACGUUUUUAAGUGAUGUAAGUAGCUUUUUCCCGUAUGUUUGUCGGGAAUUUACACCUCAAAUUGCGUUCAAAAAGUCUCUUUUUUUUUUCUUUCUUUUUUAAAGUUAAAGUAAUUUCCUGCUGGUGCUCAUGGGAUGAAUAGUCUCAUCGCUGUUAUUUGGUUUAACGUGCAGUCCAAAGUCCCGGGAGACUGAAGCGAGGGAGAGAGAAAAAGCAGAGAGUGUUUCCUGAAGUUGGAUAACCUGGGAUGACUGCAGCCGCCACCCGUGGAAAAGACAACACGGAGUCGGACCCACGCUACGAGCAACAAAGAGCGGCUAUAAACAACCGGGAAAGUUACCGAGCAGCCAGAGAGCCGAGCCGAGCUUUGGGAUUUUUGGUGGAUUUUUUUUGUCGGAAAUGAAUUCAGCGCCGGGAUGGGAAGGGAAUUAUAAAUGAGUCUCUGACCGAACAAAGAAGGACACUUCUGUGGGACUGAAUACCGCCGAGCUAAAGGGGAGAAAUGGAGGAGGAAGGCUCACUUGAGCCCAACGUCUCGUUUUUUAGGGUAUUCUGACGAACGUCGUCCACAUCGAGCACUCCGGCUGCCGCGUUUCACUGCCAGAAGCAGCCUUUUUUCCCUUCGCCCGGUGGCGCGGGGGUGAGAAAAUGAGGGUGGAUCGGCUGCAGUUGUUUGUGAUCCUGCUACUGAGUGACUUCUCCGCGCAGUCAUCCGCCUGCAAAUCAUAUGAUGAACGCUCGAAAAGCGGUGGGAAAAGCCUGCAGUCCGACAGGAGGGUGGUGUGCAGCAACAUGGAGCUCCAUCAGGUGUUACCCCCGGAGUCUUUCCCCAACAGGACGGUCACACUAAUUCUAAACAACAAUAAAAUCCAAGAACUCAGAAAUGGAUCCUUCUUCGGAUUGUCUGCUUUGGAGAAACUGGACCUGCGGAGUAACAUGAUCAGUCGCAUUGAAUCAGGCGCUUUUCUUGGCUUGCCGGCACUAAAAAGACUAGACCUGUCCAACAACAGCAUCGGCUGCCUGAACGUCGACAUCUUCAAGGGCCUCAACAACCUCCUUCGACUGAACCUCACAGGGAACAUUUUCUCAUCACUGGUUCAGGGGACUUUCGACAGCUUGGUGUCUCUGAAAGCAUUGGAUUUUCAGACGCCGUACCUGCUGUGCGACUGCAACCUUCUGUGGCUGCUCCGCUGGAUCAAAGAGCGAAACAUCGCUGCAAAGAACACCAAGUGCUCGUAUCCACAGUCCCUGCAGGGCCAGCUGAUUACCUCCAUCCGCCCAGAGCUCCUCACCUGUGAUGCGCCACUCGAGCUGCCCUCCUUCCAGUUGACUCCGUCCCAGCGACAGGUGGUCUUUCAGGGGGACAGCCUGCCCUUCCAGUGUCAAGCCUCCCUGGUGGCUGAGGACAUGCAGGUGCUUUGGUACCAGAACGGCCGCAUGGUCAAACCCGACGCCACCCAGGGAAUCUUCAUUGAGAAGCGCAUCGUGCAGAACUGUUCUCUAAUCGCGAGCGCACUGACCAUCUCGAACAUCCAGCCUGGUUUCACGGGGAACUGGGAGUGUCGCAUAAGAACGAGCAGAGGCAACACCACCAGGACCGUCCACAUCGUGGUGCUGCAAAGUUCAGCCAAGUACUGUGUUCCGGAGCGCGUUUCCAACAACAAGGGAGAGUUCAGGUGGCCGCGCACCCUGGCUGGGAUCAGAGCUUACCUGCCCUGCAACAGGCUGCCCUCCAGUGCAAACACCUACUCGGGCGGUUCAGGCGAGGAGCAGCGAGCGUGGCGCUACUGUGACGGCGAGGGACUGUGGGCGGAGGAGGACUACUCCCGCUGCCAGUUUCAGAAAGACGCCACGAGAUUUCUUUUCGUCAUCCACCAGAUGCCUCUGAACGAGACCAACGUGGUCACCAGAGCCCGCCGCCUGUUGCUCUUCACCAUUGAUGCUGCGAGCUUCUCGGAUAAAAUGGACAUCAUCUUCGUGGCCGAGAUGAUCGAGAAGUUUGGCAAGUUUGUCGAGAGAUUUAAAGACCUGGGCGAGGUGAUGGUCAGCAUGGCCAGUAACCUGAUGCUGGCCGAUGAACGGGUGCUGUGGAUGGCGCAGCGUGAAGCCAUGGCGUGCUCGCGCAUCAUCGCCUGCCUCCAGAAGAUUGCCGUCUACCGCCUGGCCACAGCGCAGGCCUUCUCCCUGACAUCCCCGAACAUCGCGCUGGAGGCCCACACCGUCAGGGUCAGUGACUGGAACGGCAUGACCUGCAUGCUAUUCCAGAGGCCGACUCCUGAGCGCACGCCCGGCCAGGACCGCCAGCUCACCUUCAAGUGCAACACCACCAGCUCUUUCUCCAGCAUCCUUCACAAGAACACCAUCAUCGAGGCGUCUCUGCAGCUCCCCCAGUCUCUCUUGACCCAGGCGGUCGUCCCUGGACAGCCGGAGGACGCCGUCUACAAACUCCACCUUCUGGGCUUCCGGAACGGCAAGUUUUUCCCCUCUACUGGUAACUCGUCCCACCUGGCCGAUGGAGGAAAGAGGAGGAGUGUUGCCACUCCUGUCAUCAUGGCCAAAAUAGAUGGCGUGUCUCUGCGCAUCCUGAAGACUCCCAUCAACAUCACCCUGCGGCGCUUCGCCCGCGGAUCGGACGCCGUGUCGGCCUCCUGGAACUUCAGCCUGGCGGGAGGUCAGGGAGGGUGGCAGAGCGACGGCUGCCGGAUCCUGGACCACCACGACAACUUCACCACCAUCUCCUGCAACUCCCUGGGCAACUAUGGCCUGCUCAUGGACCUGAGCACUGUGGAAUAUUUCUCCCCGAGCAUCCAGCCCCUGCACCCAGUCAUCUACGCCACAGCAAUUAUACUCCUCCUCUGUCUGAUCACCAUCAUUAUAAGUUACAUCUACCAUCACAGGUCUGUCUGCGUGAGCCGCAAGUUCUGGCACAUGCUGGUCAACCUCUGCUUCCACAUCUCCCUCACAUGUGGGGUUUUCAUCGGCGGCAUCAAUCAGACGCGCUAUUCCAGCGUGUGCCAGGCAGUGGGCAUCCUGCUGCAUUACUCCACCCUGGCGACCGCCCUGUGGGUGGGCGUGACCGCACGCAACAUCUACAAGCAGGUGACCCGCAAGGCCAAACGCUACGAGGAGCUGGACGAGCCUCCGCCGCCACCGCGGCCCAUGCUGAGGUUCUACCUAAUUGGAGGAGGGAUACCAAUCAUUGUCUGUGGAAUCACUGCAGCAGCCAACAUCAAAAACUACGGCAGUCAGACCAAUGCGCCAUAUUGCUGGAUGGCGUGGGAGCCGAGCAUCGGGGCCUUCUACGGCCCGGUCGGAUUCAUCGUCUUCGUGGACUGCAUGUACUUCCUCAGCAUCCUCCUCCAGCUGCGCCGGCACCCCGAGCGGCGCUACGAGCUGAAAGAGCCGGCCGAAGAGCAGCAGCACCUCGCGCCGGCCGCCGGCGAGGCGGGGCCGGACGGCGCCGGCGCCGGCCACUGCCAGCCACUGGCUCUGCAGCUGCAGCCCCACGAGGCGGCGUCCUCCUCCGUCGUGUCGGCGCCGCACGCCGUGCCCCUCUCGGCCCUGGAGAACGAGCACACCUUCCCCGCGCAGCUGAUGGGCGCGGCGGGGGCGCUGGGCCUGUACGCCGCCCUCUGGGUGUUCGGCGCCAUGGCCGUGUCGCAGGACCACCCCUUCGACCUGGCGUUCACCUGCCUGUUCGGCGUGGCCGCCCUGGCGCUGGGGGCGUUCAUGGUGGCGCAUCACUGCGUCAACCGGCAGGACAUGCGGCGCUACUGGUCCCAGGCGUGCUGCUCCGGGAGGCGGGGGGCGUACUCCGCCCAGGAGGACGCCCUCCUGCCGCAGUCCGGCGUGGCCAUGACCUCCACGGCGGGAUCCGACCACAAGGCGGACGGAGAGUCGACCAGGUGCGGCCCCAGCAGCGCCGACUCCUCCUACACCAAUAGAAGCGGCCCCAGCGUGCGCGCGUCGGCGCACGGCGGCAGCAAGCUGACCAACCUGCACGCGGAGGCGGCGCAGUGCAAGUCCAGCUCGGCGCCGCCGGCCGCCAACGGCACAGCCGUGCUGGACAACAGCCUGACCGAGCACUCGGUGGACAACGAGAUCAAGAUGCACGUGGCGCCGGUGGAGGUGCAGUUCCGCCCCAUGAGCAACAUCGGCAACCCGGCGCCGGUCGGCAACGGCCACACGGCGCGGCACCACAAAAACCGGGCGCGCUCGCACCGGGCGAGCCGGCUCACCGUGCUGCGCGAGUACGCCUACGACGUGCCGACCAGCGUGGACGGCAGCGUGCAGAGCGCCCCCCACAGGCGGCACCACCACUACGACCUGGCGGCCCGCAACAGCCGGCGCGCCGCCUACAUGGCGUACAGGGAGCGGCACCAGAGCCAGCUGCAGCAGGACAGCAGCGACAGCGCCAGCCUGCCGCGGCGCUCCCGCCACUCCGACAGAGGGAGCGUCAGCCCGCUGGGCAACGGCGCCGCGGUGACCGUGGAGACCGAGCGGAUGGCCUCCCCGGCGGCGUCCAGCUCCAGCAAGGACUCCGGCCCCGUCAGGAAGCACGGCGGCGCCGAGCCGGACGGCCAGGCCAAGUCGUCGUACGGGCUCAACCUCGUGGCUCAGAACGGCGGCGCGCCGAAAGAGAACGGACAAGCCGUGCCUCUGAUCAACUCCGAGAACACCGCGAGUAUAAAAACCGGUUUGUGGAAACAUGAAACUACUGUGUAGCAACGGUUUCCGUCCCAAAGACUGCCUAGCAACAACACGCUCACUGUGAAACGUCUUUUUUUUUUUUUUUUCAUCCUUCGAUUGUACAUUUCUUUUGUGAAAAGAGAUAAUUAUUUGAUUAUUAG